UCUCAUUCUAAGAAUUCCCGAACAGUAUGAACAAUCCAGCUAUCACCAACUUGGUUAUCUCCCUUGGAGCUAUGCAAAUCGCUCGUCGAUUGCCAUUAGAAGAUCCGGAAUUCAUCACCUAUCUACGGAUAGGUUACGUCUCAGCUCAAUUGAUAUCCUUCGGUAUUUACUUCUAUAUCUUGACAAAGAUCUGGAAGAAGAACGAUUUAACGGUUUUGAAAUACGUUCAACCGGCUUCCAUGACUAAUCCUGAUGCGAAACCUGAAUUGGUUACUUCGACAGUGGCGGAUUAUGAUGCUUCUGAGACUAAAAAAUCUAUGAGAGGGUUGUUCAUCGGAAUUGCGAUGAUGGGUUUCCUUCACUUCUACAUGAAAUACACACAACCACUUUUCGUUCAAGCGCUCAUGACCGUCAAAGGGGUCUUAGAAUCCAACGAAGCCAAACUUCACAUUUGGGGUUCAAAACCUGAGGGUCCUCUAUCUCGACCGUUCAAGACGCAAGGUGGAUUCAUGGAGUCUUUGACGGGUCAAACACAGGGUCCUCAGACGGAUGCGGCGGCUAUCAAAGAGGCAGAAAAGGCUGGGAAGAAGAACGACUAAGAUGGUCUUGAAUGUAAAAGAUGAUAUCGGGGUGCACAAAGUGUUGGAUUGAGGGAGAUGUCCAAACGAGAAGGGUAGGAUGUUGCGACUCGUCGUAGAUGGGCGACCUGGAAGAUCAUCUUUCGGAGUGUGAGACGGUAGAGCGAUAGGGGAGUUGGACGAUCGGUUCACUGUCCAUCGCAAUCAAUG